AUGAGCGUCCGAACACGCCGAAACAAAUCCACCAAGCGAAAAGCUUUGGCCGAUCUAGCCGUAGACACAGAAGGCACGAACGGCCACGCCAACGGCGAUAUGAACCAGAACAACGUUGAGUAUCGACGGAAGACAGGGCCCCCCGGCUCCGACACCGUUACCGCGAACCUCAUGUCUCGCGAAUCCUUCACCCUCGACGAUCCCGUCCCGAAGACGCCCAUCGCGAACAACCAUGGCUUCUUCGAGCUGCCCGUGCAGGACCAGCGGAACUUCCUCCUGCUCGUCCUCCUCUACUUCCUCCAGGGUGUCCCCAUGGGUCUCGCCGGAGGCUCCGUCCCCUUCCUCAUGAAGGAUCACAUGUCGUACAGCGAGAUUGGCAUUUUCAGUCUGGCAUCGUACCCUUACUCGCUGAAGCUCCUGUGGAGCCCGAUUGUCGAUGCCGUUUGGAGCCCCAAGGUAGGGCGCAGAAAGAGCUGGAUUCUUCCCAUCCAGCUGCUCUCGGGUCUGGGAAUGCUUUGGCUGGGGUCGACUGUCGAGAACAUGAUGGCGAACACUGGAAAGCCGGGCGGCCCGACGGUCUGGAACUUCACCGGCUGGUGGUUCUUCCUGGUCUUCAUGUGCGCCACCCAGGAUAUUGCUGUAGACGGCUGGGCCUUGACUCUCUUGACUCCCGGGAAUGUCUCGUAUGCUUCCACCGCGCAAACCGUUGGCUUGACUGCUGGCCACUUCUUGUCCUACACUGUGUUCUUGGCGUUCAACUCCAAGGAUUUUGCCAACCGCUACUUCCGCAGCACGCCUCUCGAUGAAGGCCUGAUGUCUCUCGGCGGCUACCUCACCUUCUGGGGCUGGGCCUACAUUGCCAUCACCAUUGGACUGUCGCUCUUCAAGCGCGAGGAGAAGACCAAGAAUGAGGACGGCAUCUGGGAUGUGUACAAGAUCAUGUGGGGCGUCCUGAAGCUCAAGAACAUCCAGACCAUCAUCAUCGUCCAUCUCAUCGCGAAGAUCGGCUUCCAGGCCAACGACGCUGUCACCAACCUCAAGCUCAUCGACAAGGGCUUCGGCCAGGAGAACAUGGCUCUGACUGUGCUCAUCGACUUCCCCUUUGAGAUCGCGCUUGGCUACUACGCCGGCAAGUGGUCGCAGGAGUACACUCCCAUGCGCCUGUGGUGCUGGGGCUUCAUGGGCCGUCUAGUCGCUGCCCUCGUCGCCCAGUUCACCGUCACCAUCUUCCCGGCCGGUGGAGUGACUCCUUGGUACAUGCUGGUCGUCAUCGGCGAGCACGUCUUCUCGACCUUCACCAACACGGUCAUGUUCGUCGCCGUCUCCGCGUUCCACGCUAGAAUCGCAGAUCCCGUCAUUGGCGGCACUUACAUGACGCUCUUGGCUACCGUCUGCAACCUCGGCGGCACGUUCCCUCGCUUCUUCGUCCUCCGCCUCGUCGACUACUUCACCGUCGCAACCUGCCACCCCGGCAACCCCGCCGACCUCAACGCCCUCAAGGGCCCCGUCGUCACCGACCCCUUCUCCUGCUCCCUCCAGCCCGACAAGGAGCGCUGCGUCAACGGCGGCGGCACGUGUGACAUGGUGCGCGACGGUUACUACUUCGUCAACAUCAUCUGCGUCGUCUUCGGAGUCGUCACCUUCAUGCUGUACAUCCGGCCCAAGGUCCUCCACCUGCAGUCGCUGCCCAUGAGAGCCUGGCGUCUCUCCAACUCCCGGCAAUAG